AUCAGUGUGAGGCGAGCAUCAUCCAGCUCUCUUUAACUUCACAUCCAGCUCACACGAGCAGCUGUCAACAUGACCAUCAACACACUCAGUCAGGAUGGAGUGCAGCGACAGCAAAUGCCCUGUUUGACUAAGAUGGAGCGCAUGAUCAUAUCCAUGCAGGACCCUGAUAUGGGCAUCAAGUUGCGCAACCAGCGUCUCCUUAUUACGGUCAUACCACAUGCAAUGACUGGUGUAGACAUUGUUGAAUGGCUGAUCAAGAAGUUUUCUAUCUCUGAUGAAGAGGCAUUGCACGUUGGACAACUCUUUGUAAAGUAUGGAUACAUUUACCCUUUAAAAGAGCCAAGAAACCUUAUUCUGAAAGCUGACGAUUCACCAUAUCGCUUUCAGACGCCGUAUUACUGGAUGUCGACACGCUGGCCUACUUCAGAACUGGACUAUGCAAUCUACUUGGCCAAGAAGAAUAUCCGAAAACAAGGAGAACUAAUUGAGUAUGAAAAGGAGUGCUAUAAUGCUUUACAUAAACGUAUCAACCACACCUGGGACUUUGUUGUGAUGCAGGCAAGAGAGCAGCUCAGGGCAUCAAAACAGCGUCGAAAAGCCGAUCGUAUCGUGCUGGAGUGUCAGGAACAAGCCUACUGGCUAGUGAACAGACCUCCUCCCGGUACACUGGACAGUAUAGAUCAUGGACCGGAAAGAAGAACCAUGAACACACGAGUGCAGCUGAAUGCAGAAUUCUACAAAAAAGAGAUUGAACAUAACAGGAUAAGCCUGGCGAGGAAUCGUAUAAAGUCCUCCAUUUGCCUUGAGAGUUACGUUAAGUACUGUGAGCAGUACCAGCCCCAUGACCCCAUAAUGCAAGGAUGUCUUCCCAGCAACCCCUGGAUCACAGAUGAUAUCAUGUUUUGGAACAUGAACUCUGAAACAGUUGCUUUGCCGACUAAACUGCGUGUGGAGCACUGGAGCUUUAGCUUCAUGGAGCUGCUCAACGACCCAAUGGGAAGAAAAGAGUUUCUCACGUAUUUGGAGAAAGAAUUCAGCGGUACACACACACACACACAAAUUGUAUUAAUGAUACACGAUAUUGUAUUCAUAACCCUUACAAACAGUACUGUGUUGCUACCAUAGUAUAGUUACAUAGCACCAGAUAGUAGUAGCAUAGUACAUAGACAUAUAGUGUACUGAAGUAGGCUACUGAAUAAUAAUUGGUUUGACCAAUACUUAAAGCAGCACUAUGUAACUUUUUCUGUUUUCAAAAUUUGCAAAAUGUAUAUAA